AUGGAAGAAAGAGAAGCAAAUAAAAUUAUUAGCACAAUAAUAACACAUGACGGGGCAUUUCACUUGGAUGAUGUACUGGCGUGUUUUAUGCUUAAAAAAAUAUAUCCACAUGCAAAUAUAGUAAGAACAAGGAAUGAAGAUAUAAUAAAAACAGGAGAUAUUGUGGUGGAUGUAGGAGGAGUAUUUGACCCAGCUAAUUUUAAGUAUGACCAUCAUCAAAGAGGGUUUAACCAGACAUACAAUGACAACUAUGAUAUAAAAAUGAGCAGUGCUGGGUUAGUGUACAAGUACCAUGGCAUGCAAUUUAUUAAAGCACUGGGUUUGGAUGUACACCCGGAUUUUGACUAUCUUCUUCUGCUGGGGUUACUUUAUGAGACAUAUUUUGUAUCUGUUGAUGCAAAUGAUAAUGGUGUUGACAUAUCGGAUGAUGUUCGGUAUAAUGAAAGGACUUUGGAUAAUGUAAUACGGUCGUUUGUUCCCUUUGAUAUUCCAGAGGGGGAAAGUAUUGAGUACGGUGAUAAAGUAAGAUAUGAAGCAUUUGAAAAGGCAAUGGAGUACAUUGGAAGUGAUUUAGUAAGACACUGCAAGUACUUAAUGCACCAGAUAAAUAAAGAUAAAAUGCCAAUACUGCAGAGCUUUAACCAGAUGAAAGAUCCAAGAAGUAGAUACAUUAUAAUGGGAUCCGGAGCAUACCCAGCGAAAGAAUUAAUUCAAUACUAUAAUACGUCACUAAACAGAAAUGUAUCAAUAAUUAUAUACAAAAUACGAUCAAGAGAGGGUACUAUAUACAAAUUACUGUGCAUUCCCAAGAAAGGCAUAAGAUACACACCAGAGAUACCUUUAUGUGAGGAGUGGAGAGGUCUGAGAAAUGAACAAAUGCGCAGAUUCCCAAAAUUAAAAAAGGCUUCUUUUGUGCAUGCAACUGGAUUCUGUGGGUCUGCAAUGGACUUAGAAACAGCAGAGUACAUGGCACAGAAGUCAAUUGAGGAGUAUUUGAAGAAAACCGUAUAAAUAAUAAGAUUUAGUUGAUUGUCGCUGUAAUAUGUGAAUGAGCCCUUCAAAUUAAUAAAUGAAAGAAUGUCCGU